AUGUCGCUCUUGCCACGCUGCAAGUUUAUUCCCCGAAUGCUUUCAUACCAGAAAAGAGCCAUACAGCAUUCUCCCCGGACCAAAACUGCUUGGCAAACUCCAACCGAAACCCAGAAACAUGGGUUCGAUGCGACCCUAAAGAUUCCUGAAUUUGGACGGAAGUACGCCUCACAGAAGUCGGUGCGGAGUAAUCAGGUGUUUUCGUAUUUUAUGGUCGGGACACUAGGGGUGAUCUCGGCAGUGGGGGCCAAGGCCACUUUGCAUGACUUCCUGGUCAACAUGUCCGCCUCGGCGGAUGUACUGGCCCAGGCAAAAGUCGAAAUUGGACUUGCAGCGAUUCCCGAGGGCAAGAACGCAAGUGUAAUUAUUAAAUGGCGUGGAAAGCCCGUAUUUAUUCGUCACCGGACACAAGAUGAAAUCGACGAAGCUCGCAAGGUGGACUGGAAGGACCUCCGGGAUCCCCAGCCGGACGAGGACCGCGUACAGAGGCCAGAAUGGUUGGUCAUGCUUGGCGUGUGUACGCAUCUUGGGUGUGUCCCAAUUGGCGAGGCAGGUGACUACGGAGGUUGGUUCUGUCCGUGUCAUGGGUCCCAUUACGAUAUCUCUGGACGAGCGAGGAGAGGUCCGGCGCCAUUGAAUCUGGAGGUUCCCCAGUAUAACUUUGCGACAGAGGAUACUCUAGUCAUUGGUUAG